AUGAACAACACCGCCGGCGGCGGCGGCGGCGGCACGGGACACGGAGGCAGCCAUCAUCAAGCGCGCGGCACCAGUGGCGGCGUCGUCCAGCAGCCGCACCAGCGACAUGGAAGCCUGUCCAACCGACCGGAUCUCAAGCCCGCCCCGAGCGGCUCCAGCCUGCGAGAGCAGGCCGCGCACCAGUCGUCCGCCGUCAUCACGACGAAUGGCGCCUCCAUCGCCAAGCCCCAGCCAGCGGUGUUCUGGAACGACAAGCAAUCGCUCGACCAGUCGCGCCCGCAGGAGCAGACAUUCUACAACGACGUCACGCCGCCCCCCUCGCCGUCGUACGGCGGCGGUAGCAAGAACAGCUUCUCCAUAGGCUACCCGUCGCUCAAAGGGCCGGCGCCCCUCGGUCUGCAGACCAUGAUGAGCGCAGGGUCGCGGGAUGGCGGUCCUGGGGGCUACGACUACCGAUGGGAUCACGUCGCGCCGCAAGCGCCGAUACCGCAGUCGGACAGGACAUGCGGCCUGACGAAGAAGUUCUUCUGGAUCGCUGUGGGCGUCGCCAUUGGGCUGUUGCUUGCGGUCGCCAUUGGCCUCGGCGUUGGGCUCUCUGCGAAACCAGACAGCAGCAGUAGCCACGACUCUGGUGGCUCGGACGGCGCGUCCGCAACACAGACUAUGCCGGCUGCCACCGAUGCCGAGGGCGGUGCGUCUGCCACGACCAUCCUCGUGCCGACAGCCACCUCCGCAAACAGCGACGAGGCGAGCGAGGCAUGCCCUGCCGCCAACGACACCACCUUUGCCGUUCCCAACUCACCCAAGACGUUUCGUCGCUUCUGCGGCAUCGACUACCGCGCGCAACAGGGCACCACCGACCUCGCCACCGUCUGGACGGCCUCCAUGCAGGACUGCAUGGUCAACUGCGCCGGCUUCGACGGGUGCACGGCCUGCGCAUGGGGCGCGCAAGAGGGCGACAACUACCGAGACAAUCACCGAUGCUACCUCAAGACCGACCUGGGCGAGAGCCAAGAGGUCAGGGCCGGGUGGGACUUUGCCAUUCUGGAGGAAUAG